AGUUUGCUUGAAGUGAACUCGGUUCUUAAAAUAUAACGUAGUGGGGUUUGUGUUUUGAAUUUUAGCACAAUUCUUCAGACUUUCAGAGAGAUCAGGAUAAAUAAAAAUGAAUUUGUUUUCUUGACAAAUGUUAUGUCAUGAUAAAGCCAUCAGUUUGGUCCUGUCUAGACUGCUGUGCAUGCAUGCUCUGUGCUUAAUCUCUCUGGAAUUGAGGGACUUAUGUUCAGAAGUGUGGGAUGCCUUCAGCACCUUUAAUAGGAACUGCAGAUUAUCACCACCAUGAAAAAUCAUGGUUUAUAUCUUGAAGUUAUUACUAAAUAAACAUGGAGUCUACUUCAGCCUCAUUGACAGAAGAGGAUGGGCAGUAAGCUUGUGUUAAACAAUGAGCUAGUGAAUUAAUUCUUGUUAUGUGCCAUUGACAGGACUCUCUUAGAAUGGCCUGUGGAUGGUGAAAUACCUGAGGAGCUAAAUACAUGAAUCAUUUGGUGUAAGCACUUGCAGACAAUCCAUGUUAACAGUCACUGGCUCUGGUUGAGGAUUCAGAAUGGGAGACAAGCCUAUCUGGGAGCAGAUUGGAUCCAGCUUUGUACAACAUUACUACCAGCUUUUUGAUGCAGACAGGACUCAGCUAGGAGCAAUAUAUAUUGAUGCAUCAUGCCUUACGUGGGAAGGACAGCAGUUCCAGGGCAAAGCAGCCAUUGUUGAAAAACUUACUAGCCUCCCUUUCCAAAAAAUACAACACAGCAUCACAGCACAAGACCACCAACCUACACCUGAUAGCUGUAUACUCAGUAUGGUAGUGGGACAGCUUAAGGCUGAUGAAGAUCCUAUCAUGGGAUUCCACCAGAUAUUUCUAUUAAAGAACAUCAACGAUGCCUGGGUUUGCACCAAUGACAUGUUCAGGCUAGCACUGCACAACUUCGGCUGAGCUGCCCAUCCCGAGGCACCCGGGCUUUUUUUUUUCUUUUUCUUUUUUUUUUCUUUCUUUUUUUUCCCCCAUUUUCCUCCUCUCCUCUUAACUGGUAUUAUCCACACUCACGGAACAUUCCAAAUAUCAUACACAAACCUGCAGCACUGCAGAGCGUGAGCAAGCAAGACUUGUGACCUGCCCUUCUGCUGAGUUUACAUUGUCACUAGAUGAGUUUCUUGUGCAUGAUGUUUGGAAGUUAGAAUUAGCUGCAUUUGAUAAGAGAAAUUUGUGUUGUACCAGCAUGCCUCGGAAAGAAUUUAUAAUGCAAAAAGGUUGUUGUUUAUGUACUGACAAGAUGCUCUAUAACCCAAAGAAAUGAGAGAACAGCAGCCUGUACAGCCCAGUUAUUGAUUUGUUCAGAUGUUUCAAUGCUACAUUACACAAUAAAACAGAGAUUUUCUUAAAAGUUUAA